AUGGCAGGUCAAGAGGACUCCAUUGAAGUAGUUGCUGCGACACGAAAAGAGAUGAUAAGAGCCCUUAGAGCUGCACAGGAACUGUCAAACACUCCGGAUGAGGACUCUGCUCGUAUUAACAAUAACACUGACGAUGACAACGAAGCUAGUGAAGAAACUAAUAUGAGUGUGAAGUUCCGAAAUUAUUUCCCUCGUGAUAAGAAGCUUAUGGAAGGAAAGCUUAAAACUGGUCCAAUAUUGAAGUUUGAUGACCCUAUUGCAGCAGUAGUGCCUUUUCCAUCAGAGAAGAAAAAGGACCCGUUCAAGGAUCUUGUUCCCAAAGCACCACACUUUGAACUUCAAAGGGAUGUGCAGAAGAGGCUUGAUAAGCUUGAAAGGCGAACGCAGAAGGCGUUGUGUAAAAUUAUGGAGCAAGAAAGGCUGAAGCAAGAGACUGAAUGA